AUGGCGCGGCUGCUAUUGCCGAUGCCGCUUGGUCUGGUCCCCGGGGAAGAAAUGGUGAUUGCUCUGACCUGGGGUAAAUUCCGCUCGGUUACCAGCGGCUUUGGCUCAGUGCCCGGAAUGAAUAGCACUGGAUCGGAUGAGUGGUCUAACCUCUUCAUUGCAAAGAAUGCUAGUCUCGAUACCGCGGGACUAAGUCAUGAUGAGUAUCUGAGCCUCUUCAAGCUCGCUGUGCAGGAGUACAGUGACUUCAUGAAUUCGGCGGACCCCGAUUCGAUGGAAUUCCGCAAGGCGAUGUUCCCUGACGUUCAACAUUUCGAUCGCUUCUUCGAGUCUCCCGGUCUGGAGCACCGUUCAGGAGAAAAGGGAGGACAGCCCACAACUGUCUUUCAUGCCUUGAGAAGCUGGGUCGGAAAUGGCACUGCACCUGACACCCUACCUGUGGAGUUCUCUGGGGGUAACGGCACCACAUACAUCAGGAAUCUGUGCCCUUAUCCAGCUCAAGCGAAGUAUAUUGGGGGUGAUGUCUCAUCUGCCAAUAGCUAUCGAUGCGAGUAA